CCAAAACGUUGAAUUGCCCACUUUCCCUUUCCUUUUUUUUUUUUUCUUUCUCCUCCCCUAUUCUUUAUCCAUUGAAAGAUGAAGCUCGAGAUUUGUUCCUUCUCCGGUUUCAAGAUCUACCCUGCCAAGGGUAAGACUUAUGUCCGUAUUGACAGCAGAGUACGUAUAUUAUAAAAAACGACGAAUAAACGACGAAUAAAAAAAAAGAACGAUGGAUAUGACAAUAGUGGGACAUUAUAGAAAGAAUGAGAAUGGAAUAACCUUCAAGUUCAUCAAUGGUAAGGCUGAAUCUUACUUCCUUCAACGUUUGAACCCUCGCAAGAUCCGCUGGACCACCAUCUACCGUCGCUUGAACAAGAAGGGUGUUACUGAAGAAGUGGCCAAGAAGCGAUCUCGUCGUACUGUCAAGCAUGAACGUGCUAUUGCUGGUGCCUCUUGGGAUGCCAUCCGUGCUAAGCGUAACCAAAAGCCUGAUGUCCGUGCUGCUGCUCGUCAAGCCGCCAUUGCCAAAUCCAAGGAAAGCAAGAAGGCUGCUCAAGCUGCCAAAAAGGCUUAGAUUAGAUCUUUUUUUGCAUCCUCUUUUGUUUUAUAUCAUUCAAUAAAGAAAAUGCUGGCCCCUUGUCAACCACCACCCUUUCUUUUUAAUUAUUAUAGAUCUUUUUGUUUUGGGGAAAAUAUAUCUUGACGUGAAGUAUAUAUGGAUGGUACAGCUAAUCGAUAUUUUUUUUUUGAAAGAAUUGCAUAAAAAGACGGGAUCAAUGACUG